AAAAUAUUUGAGGCGCUAAUAGCCGCGGACCUUGUCGCAAUAGUGAAAGUGUCAGCUGUCAUUUCGGCGCGCGCGCAGUUUGGCGGCAAGCGCCGAGAUGACAGAUUGUGUUUUUAAUGUGGAGUGUUUGAAAUGAGUUCGCUACUGUCCUGACUCCUCAUUAGCUGAAUGAAAACGACGAUGUACUGUAAAAUGUGUGCGACUGUAUUCCUUUCCUUGUUCCUACUUUCGUUUGGGUCCUGCGGCAUCAUCAUCCCGGAGGAGCUGCCCUCGCUGCUGUCAGUGGGGUAUUCAAAUAUUCCGCCGAUUAAAAAAGGCAACGACCACCGCGUGGGUUUCGGGUUCGCGUUCGGCAACCACGCCGACCUGCAGGUGCUACUGGAGCUGGGCCCGCAGACCAACACCAAGCCACUCGACGGUACGCCUUUCGGUGCCACCAGCGGCAGCAGCAACGCUAAGCGGCAGGCUCCCAAUGUCAAGAUAAACAAAAACAAAGAAAAGUUCCUACAUUCCGACGCCGGCAAUUACUUACAAAGAUGGGCGGAGAAGAUGAAGCAUCCUCAGACCACGCCACCUCCAAUCAAAGAUGAGAUCAUGAACUUGGAGGAUUCCCUGGUGGAGCUAGUCAAAAAUGAGAAGGGCGAGUAUGAAAUACACCAGCCAAAACCAGACCACAUACCCCAAGAAGUAUUAGACAAUUUAAAAAUGUUGUACGGCAAGAAAAAGGAGGAAGCGCGAAAAGUAAUGGAACAGAAGAGAAGUAAGGACGAAGUCAGACGAAUAACAGAAGAUUUGUCGAAUGUAGACAUAGAUUAAUGCCAUUUAGUAUAUUAAGAAAAUAAAUACUUAGUUUUAGU